CAUCUUCCCUCAGAUCUGGCUUUUCUGGAUCCCGAGCCCCACCCGCUCCUUUUUUUUUUUUUUUGCAUUAGCAAGCCGGUCCGUGUCGGUGUGUGUGUUAUUUAAAGCCGGAGAUCCUCCCUCUUGCAAAGCCACUGUGUUGCAUCCGUCCGCCUCUCCGCAUGUGUCUUUAUGUGUGUGUGUGUGUGUGAGAGACAGAGAGAGAGGGAGAGAGAGAGUGCACUAAAAUCCCCAAGCAUCCACUGAGAAACCAAGAGAGUGAGGAGAGAGACGCAAGGGGGGGAAAGGCUAAAAGCUUACGAGACGGGAGACGGAACGAGAGUGUGAUUCAACUAUGAAAUUCAUCCGAGCUUUUUUCCUGCUGCUUCUCUGUCCGGCGUUGGGUCUCAACAGCAGACAAGGCUAUGAUGGUCUGGAAAAGAAGCUGAAAGAAGUCUUCACUGAAAGAAGCAACAUCUUGCACCAGCUCUCAAAGACAUCCAAGGAGCUGGACAGCAUAAAAGGCAACAUUCAGUCUUUGAAAAACGAUGACUCAGUCGCCAAGAAGGACGUACAAAGGAUUUUGGAGCUCAGCCACAAACAGAGAGACGAGAUGAAGUCCCUCCAGGCUGCCUUGCAGAAGCAGCUGGACGAGGCAAACGAGAGAGCCGAGAAGCAGCAGGCCACGGUUAAACUGAUUAAAGCGGAGAUGGAAAAGAAAACCAAAAUCAUCAAGGACUUACAGCAAGAGAACAAAAGCUUGAAGAAUAAACUCUUGUCAGGCAACAAACUUUGUGAUGCUCAUGCCGAAGAGUCCAAAAAAAUCCAGGCUCAACUGAAAGAACUGCGGUAUGGGAAGAAGGAUUUAAUUUUUAAGGGCCAGCAGCUAAUGGACUUGGAACACAAGUUAACCGUCGCAAAGGAAGAACUGGAGAAGACCGCUCUUGACAAGGAGUCUCAGCUAAAGGCUCUGAAGGACACCGUUCACAUCUGCUUCUCAGCCGUCUUGCACAACCAACACAGCAGCAGCCACAGAUUUCCCACCUCACCGUCCCAUUUGUACAGAUACUCAUCACUCAUCAACAGCUCCAGAGUCACCUUUCAGCAGCCCCAUGCCAAGGAUAUUUCUAAACUUCAGAGAAUCGUCGCAGAGAGGAAAACCCCCAUGAAUCCUGGAAUAAUGAGGAGAGAAAGUGGCGGCGUUAGAGAGUGCCAGAUGGAGGAGACAGGAGGAGACUGUUUCCAGAAUAAGACAGAGGAAUUAUCUCCACAAGUGAAACAACUACCAGAACCACACCAGCAAAGGAGCCACGGGCAGCCGGGAAGCUUGGAAAGCACCGGAACGCGCUCAGAUGACAGCGAGGACAAAGAGCAAAGCAAAAAGAUAAAGCCUCCGAAAUACGACUGAGCGGGUCAUCAAAAAUGCAGAUCUUCUGCGUUCCUCUCAAACUCCGAAGAGCACACCCCUGGUGCAUUGUCACAGACACACUCACACACACAUAUACACACACACAUUCGCCACACAAGGUCAGCAUUGCUUGCAAAAGCUGGGACUGGAAAUGUCAACACAACAACAUGGCAUGCAUUCUAAGAAGAAAAAAACAAACAAAAAAAAAUCAUUCUGAAAGGUAGCGAUGGCACUGGAAACUUGUUUCAUGAUUGUUCAUUUGAUGUUUACUUUUAUUCUUAGUAAGGACACUGCUUUCUAAUGUGUGAUCUUUCUAGAAAAAAUCCCUUUGCACUGUUACGGUCUGACACAGUAUCCUAAGAUAGGCAUACUCAUUGACUAAGAGGAAAAAGGACAAAAAAAAAAAAUAUUACUACCAAACUUAGACUAUUGUUUGUCGCUCACUGUAGUUGAAGGGGAACUGCACUUUUGGGGGGGAAUUUUUCCUAUCAUUCACAGCCCUUAUGUAAGACUAGAACACAUAAACUAUAUUGCUAAAAGUAUUUGGCCACCUGCCUUUACUCACAUAUGGAAUCGUCCAAAAUGUUUUGGUAUCCUGGAGUAUUCAAAGUUCCUUUCACUGGAACUAAGGGGCCAAGUCCAACUCCUUAAAGACAACCCCACACCAUAAUUCCUCCUCCACCAAAUUUCACACUCGGCACAAUGCAGUCCGAACGGCACCGUUCUCCUGGCAACCUCCAAACCCAGACUCGUCCAUCUGAUUGCCAGAUGGAAAAGCGUGAUUCAUCACUCCAGAGAAGGCGUCUCCACUGCUCUAGAGCAGUGGUUCUCAAAUGGGGGUACGCGUACCCCUGGGGGUACUUAAAGGUAUGUCAAGGGGUACGUGAGAUUUUUUUUUAAAUAUUCUAAAAAUAGCAACAAUUCAAAAAUCCUUUAUAAAUAUAUUUAUUGAAUACUACUUCAACAAAAUAUGAAUGUAAGUUCAUAAACUGAACAUCAAAUCAAGUAGGCUAUUCCAUUCAUUACAAUGCAACAAUGCAAUAUUGUGUUGACAGCUAGAUUUUUUGUGGACAUGUUCCAUAAAUAUUGAUGUUAAAGAUUUAUUUUUUUGUGAAGAAAUGUUUAGAAUUAAGUUCAUGAAUCCAGAUGGAUCUCUAUUACAAUCCCCAAAGAGGGCACUUUAAGUUGAUGAUUACUUCUAUGUGUAAUAAUCGUUAUUUAUAAUUGAAUCACUUGUUUAUUUUUCAACAAGUUUUUAGUUAUUUUUAUAAUUUUUUUUCCAAAUAGUUCAAGAAAGACCAUUACAAACGAGCAAUAUUUGCACUGUUAUACAAUUUAAUAAAUCAAAAACUGAUGACAUAGUGCUGUAUUUUACUUCUUUAUCUCUUUUUUUCAACCAAAAAUGCUUUACUCUGAUUAGGGGGUACUUGAAUUAAAAGAAAUGUUCACAUGGGGUACAUCACUGAAAAAAGGUUGAGAACCACUGCUUUAGAGUCCAGUGGCGACAUGCUUUACACCACUGCAUCCCACACUUUGCAUUGGACUUGUUGAUGUAUGGCUUAGAUGCAGCUGAUCGGCCAUGGAAACCCAUUCCAUGAAGCUCUCUGCGUACUGUACGUGGGCUAAUUGGAAGGUCACAUGAAGUUUGGAGCUCUGUAUCAACUGACUGUGUAGAAUGUAUUUGCACUAUGCGCUUCAGCAUCCGCUGUCCCCUCUCUGUCAGUUUACGUGGCCUACCACUUCGUGAAUGAGUUGUUGUUGUUCCCAAACUCUUCACUUUUCUUAUAAUAAAGUUGACUUUGGAAUAUUUAGGAGCGAGGAAAUUUCACGACUGGAUUUGUUGCACAGGUGGCAUCCUAUGACAGUUCCACGCCCAUUCUUUCACAAAUGUUUGUAGAAACAGUCUCCAUGCCUUAGUGCUAGAUUUUAUACACCGGGCCAAGUGAUUAGGACACCUGAUUCUCAUCAUUUGGAUGGGUGGCCAAAUACUUUUGGCAAUAUAGUGUAUGUCUUUCUUUGUUUAUGCAUUCUAAUUUGUAAUGUACGCCAAGUACAAGAAAGGGAUCCAUAUGGCCCCACUCGCCGCGGUUCACCUGACACAUGACGCAUGACAAAUUUGAGUGGCGCUUUUCUUAGUUUUCAGCAAAAUGAUUGAACCCCCUCGUCCUCUCACACGAGAUCCACCCGGGAAUGGGGCCUUAUGGAUCCCGUUCCUACUGUAUUGCACCCGAUAAGACUUCUUAAAAAACACACCCCAAAACCGCCAAAAAUACUCCAUAUACAUGUUUUGACAUGCAUGUUAACCAAGCAUUGGCGAUAUAGUUAGUAUAAGCGGUAAGGCAUAGGAACUACCUUUAACUAGCCUAUGCUGCUAUAUUGGCAUAUUGAGCCGGUGAGCUGCUGCAUCGCGUCUGAGUUGGUAAAAGUUAAUUAAUUCUAGAAAAUAAACCAUGCCUCUCACCUGGAUAGACAUGAAAAGACUCAUGUUUUUUUUUUUUGUGUUUUUUAACUUUAAUUGUUUUGCCAGUGAGAGCAGACAUUGUACAGUAAGUGAUUGUGGUAUUAUGUUCAUGGUUUGUGUUUCUUGUUAAGCACUUAGCGAUACUGCUACUUGCCUCACUAAGCCUCUAAAACGUGUAGAAGUCCCCCCUUAUAUUCAGGCUAAAAAUUAUAAGGUUCGGGGUCAUCGUUUGUCCCGAAGUUGUCGUUGAUGGCUGUCAUGAAAUCUGUCAUGAUUAGCGGUAGUUGUCAUUGAAGGAAUUAGCAAAUGUUGAUAUGCGUCUGUAAAAUUGAUACCUUGUCGUAUGCUUAAAGUAAGCAAAAUAGGUAAAUAUUACAUGUUAUGAGUGUACCUGUUACUACAAUACAUAUCUACUUAUAGCAUGUAUAUAAAACAGGUUUUUGAAUGGUUUUAGAGCACUUUAUAGAAUCCCAUUUUUAGCUGACUCUUGUUAGCAUUUAUUCACAAGUCAGAAUGCAUAAACAAAUAAAAGCUUGCAUAUGUAAGGAUUCUAAAUGAUAGGCAAAAUUCCUCCUAAAAAUGCAGUUCCUCUUUAGAGUUAAUUUACUCCUCCACAUUUUGGACUUAGAGGCUCAAGUUGGCUGGCCAACUGUUCAACAUUUAGUAUUUCCGCACUCUUUCUGCCUUUACCACACCAGAGGCAAACGAGCCAAAGACUCACAAUGGGUCGUCUCCCCGAAAAAUGUGCCAUGCACUGAGUAGUUACUCCUAGCUACAUGUAUCUGUGUUCUCUGACCUUUGUGUGUACUUUCAAUAAACUGUAAUUUUCAGUAAACGUGAAGAAUAAAUGGCUAUUUGUGGGAAAACUACGAGUCAGUAUGUUUGUGAUCAACAGAGCAAAAUUUGCUCAGUUAUGCAAAUAGUCCUUGUGGUUUUUUUUUCCCCAAUUGUUUCCAAAACAGUGCUCCAAUUAUCCAAUA